UAUAAUGGAUUUUAUGAUGCAUGUUUGGUUGCUGUGAAAAAUUGUUGGAUGAAGAAAGAAUCGAACAGUGUCGUGUGCAACAUCUCGAUUUCUCUUAAUUUUAUCUUUCUCUGUGACGUACUUUGCUAGAUUCAAAGUGAUCGUGGUGAUCUUAAUUUCUCUGUCAACUUAUCUGUUAAAUUUACUCAGGUCUCUUAAUUCGGAAAUCUCAAUUUUGUUGCAUAGUAAUCAAAAACUUAUGGUGGUGUGGGUGGGGGUGUAUAUGAGUAUUUUUUUCAGUUUCAGUAAUUAUGAUAGCAAGUAGAUUGGUGUAGUUGAGUUGGUUCUUGUUAUUGUCUCUCCUUGAGGUGUGAUUAUCAGGAAGAAUUGGUGGCAUUGCACUGAUUAGUAAAUGAUGUGUGAAGUGAAGUUCAUGUAAGAUAGGCAAUUGAUUUAAUGUUUCUGUUGUAAGAUAGGAUUGAAUUCAAUGACUGUGCCACACGAGAAUGAUGAGCGAGUGAAUUGACAUUUGCUUUUGUACAUUAUGAUGUUGAUGUAUAUUGGCUUCUAUGCUCUUGUAUAUUGGCUAAAAUUGUUUGCGGUGGCAAUGGUGUCUCCAAGAUUUCUGAAAGAAAAUUUAUCUUUAUGCUCAUGUUUUUCCUGUUGGAUUCUUACAUUCAAAUAUAUUUUUUGUGUUGAUGGGGAAACUUUGUAGUGUCUGUUUAAUGAGCGUCUAUAUAAAAUCAUCUCUUGGGGCAUGCAGUUUAGCAUUUCUUUGCCCUUCCAUGAAUGAGGCAGUUAAUUUGCUGGGAUAAAAAAGUGUUAACUGUUAAGUGAGAAUCUAAAGAGGUGAUACCGAGGAUGUGUGAGUCAUCAGUGCCAACAAAGAAACGAAACAGAAAUAAUUGUAGAGGAACCGUUUUAAUGAUUGGUUACAAUGAGUAGGUUUUGUUCAUGGAAAUAAAUGGUUACAAGGAUGGAAAGGAGUGAAAAGGUGGUUGAUAGUGUGAUUCAUUGCCAAGACAAUCUUCAUGGUGGUGACAGAUUGGAUGAAAGCAUGGUUGAUAUGAAUGAAGUGCAUGAUCUGAAUGCUUUGGGUGCUUCUUCCCUCAGAAGAGCUGUCGUAGAAUUUGAAGGGGACAAAGAUUUUGAGCCGCACAAUGGCGUUGAAUUUGAAUCACAUGAGACAGCGUACUCAUUUUAUCAAGAAUAUGCCAAGUCAAUGGGAUUCAUCACUUCGAUUAAGAACAGUCGCCGUUCAAAGAAGUCAAAAGAAUUUAUUGAUGCCAAAUUUGCAUGUUCCAGAUAUGGACUGACGCCAGAAACAGAUAGUGGCAACAGUCGUCGAUCAAGUGUGAAAAAAACGGACUGCAAAGCCAGCAUGCAUGUUAAGAGAAGGCCAGAUGGAAAGUGGAUUAUUCAUGAAUUUGUCAAGGAGCAUAAUCAUGAGCUUCUACCAGCUCUAGCAUAUCAUUUUCGAAUUCAUAGGAAUGUAAAAUUGGCUGAAAAGAAUAAUAUAGACAUUUUGCAUGCUGUCAGUGAACGGACAAGAAAGAUGUAUGUUGAGAUGUCAAGGCAUUCUGGUGGGUAUCAAAAUUCUAGCUUUGUUCAGGGCGACACAAAUAAUCAGUUUGAUAAAGGGAGGCACUUGGCUCUGGAUGAGGGUGAUGCCCAAGCUAUGCUCGAGUAUUUUAAGCGUAUCAAGAAGGAGAAUCCCAACUUCUUCUAUGCAAUAGAUUUAAAUGAAGAGCUGCGACUGAGAAAUUUGUUUUGGGUUGAUGCCAAAAGCAGGAAUGACUAUAUUAGUUUUAACGACGUGGUUUCUUUUGAUACCACUUACGUUAAAUUCAAUGAUAAAUUACCAUUUGCUCCUUUUGUUGGGGUGAAUCAUCACUGCCAGACUCUAUUACUUGGAUGUGCAUUUGUUGCAGAUGAGUCCAAAUUAACAUUUGUUUGGUUGAUGAAAAGUUGGCUUAGAGCAAUGGGUGGUCAAGCUCCUAAAGUUAUACUCACAGAUCAUGACAAUGCUUUGAAGGCAGCCAUUAAAGAAGUCUUUCCGAACACUUAUCACUGCUUCUCUCUUUGGCAUAUAAUGGAAAAGGUUCCUGAAGCUCUUGCUCCUGUAAUCAAACGGCAUGGAAAUUUUUUACCAAAAUUCAACAAAUGCAUCUUCAAAUCAUGGACAGAUGAACAGUUUGAUUUGAGAUGGUGGAAAAUGAUCACUCGAUUUGAACUUCAAGAUGAAAAGUGGAUUAAGUCAUUGUACGAUGAUCGCAAAAUGUGGGUGCCUACAUAUGUGAGGGAUAUUUUUUUGGCUGGAAUGUCUACAACUCAACGCUCUGGAAGCAUGAACUCUUUCUUUGAUAAAUACAUCCAUAAGAAAAUUACCCUGAAAGAGUUUGUGAAACAAUAUGCGACUAUUCUACAAAACAGGUAUGAGGAGGAAGCCAUAGCAGAUUUUGACACUUUGCACAAACAGCCUGCACUGAAAUCUCCUUCACCUUGGGAAAAACAAAUGUCAACAGUCUAUACUCAUGCAAUAUUCAAAAAAUUUCAAGAUGAGGUUUUGGGUGUAGUUGGUUGCCAUCCUAAAAAGGAAAGUGAAGAUGGACCAAAUGUAACAUUUACAGUUGAAGACUGCGAAAAGGAUGAAUAUUUUAUGGUGUCAUGGAAUGAAGCGAAGUCGGAGGUUUCUUGUCUCUGCCAUUUGUUUGAAUACAAAGGUUAUCUAUGUAGACAUGCAUUGAUUGUCCUCCAAAUUUGUGGUCUUUCAAACAUUCCACCUCAAUAUAUCUUGACUAGAUGGACAAAGGACGCAAAAUGCAGGCAGUUGAUUACUGAAGGUACAGGACGCAAACAGACAAGGGUGCAACGCUACACUGAUUUGUGUAAACGAGCCAUUGAAUUGAGUGAAGAAGGAUCAUUAUCUGAGGAGAGUUAUAAUAUAACACUCCGUGCACUAGUAGAAGCUCUAAAGAAUUGUGUGAAUGUGAAUAACUCAAAUAACAGUGUUAUAGAAUCUACCAGUCAUGCUCUUGCUAUUCGUGAAGUAGAAGAAGACAACCGAGGAAAUGCUGUGGCCAAAUCAAGUAAGAAGAAGAAUACAGUUAGGAAAAGGAAGGUACAAGCAGAGGCAGAUGUGAUGCUUGUGGAGGCACAAGAUGGCUUGCAGCAAAUGGAAACUUUAAGCUCAGAUGGAAUAACUCUUAAUGCCUAUUAUCCACAACAGAAUGUGCAGGGAUUGGUACAGUUAAAUCUAAUGGAGCCACCUCAUGAUGGUUAUUAUGUAAAUCAACAGGGCAUGCAGGGGCUGGGACAGUUAAAUUCAAUGUCAUCGAGCCAUGAUGGUUUCUUUGGGACACAGCAGAGCAUGCAUGGGCUGGGACAGUUGGAUUUUCGACCUCCAACUAGCUUUAGUUAUAGCUUACAGGAUGAGUCCCAUUUGAGAUCUUCGCAAUUACAUGGCAGCGGAGAAAGACAUGAAUAACAAAAAUAUCUGCGCUAAUCAGAAAAGUAAAUCCAGGGGAUGAUUAGCUUUUUCUUAGCGGAAGAGAAGUUGACACUUGAAGAAGUGAAAGUUGUUCAUCGCCAAAGUCAAGGAUGGAAGAAUUCCUGUAACUAUUUUUUACGCGAUGGAUUUAUUAGUGAAGGAAACGUUAGUUGAGGGUGACUCGUUCCGAACAUGAAGAUGGACAGCAUCCUCUGUGCAUCACAUUUUCGCAGAGCUAGCAGCACAAGUAUUUUGCAACCCUUUGUAAUUUAGCAAAGCUGGUGAGGAUAGUUGGAACAGGAGUCAUUCUUAAAGAACAUUGUGCUGAAUGCUGAUGAAGAUACAUUUACACAAUUACACUGGAACCGAACUCAGGAUAUAUGUUUCCCUCCUCGUGUACAUGUUCUAUUCUUACCGUCAAUUACCGAUC